CCUUCGAGACGUGAACACGAACAAAUCCCGCACCGAAUCGGUACGAGCCACACAGAGAUCCGAUCCGGAGUGAACAAGUGUAACAAAGUGCCACAGAAUGUUGAACAUGGAAAGUGCAAGUGUCGGUGCCUCUAUGGCGGGUCUGAGCAAAACGCUGACAACGCCCUUCUCCAUCAAUGAUAUACUGACGCGCCACAAUCCGGAUAAGCAUCGCUUGUCCAGCAUGGACUCCGAACCAGAGGCGGACAUCAGCGGCAAGAGUCGCAGCUCCAAGCAGAACCUGGAUCGGGAACGAUCUGCAUCCAAGUCUCCGCCGCUUUGCUGCCGCGAUCUGAGCAUCUACAAGCAGGAGCCCAGCAUGGCUGCCAAUCCCAGCCAGAGACAGACAAACUACUUGCAGUACUAUGCGGCGGCAGCGGCGCUCGACAACAACAAUCACCACAAUGGACACCACCAUCACCAGGCAACCGCCACGGGCUCCAGCGGCGGGGAUUACAUGCAACGCAAAUUGGCCUACUUUGGCAGCACCCUGUCCGCCCCGCUCGACAUGCGGCGCUGCACCAGCAACGACUCCGACUGCGACUCGCCGCCGCCACUGAGCAGCUCACCCUCCGCCUCGCCGCUCUCCCACGACGGCAGUGCCCUCAGCCGCAAGAAGCGGUCGCGUGCCGCCUUCAGCCAUGCCCAGGUCUUCGAGCUGGAGCGUCGCUUCGCCCAGCAGCGCUACCUCUCCGGCCCGGAGCGCAGCGAAAUGGCCAAGACUCUGCGACUGACCGAGACCCAGGUGAAGAUCUGGUUCCAGAAUCGCCGCUACAAGACCAAGCGCAAGCAGAUCCAGCAGCACGAGGCCGCCAUGCUGGGAGCCACAAAGCGAGUGCCCGUCCAGGUGCUGGUCCGGGAGGACGGCAGCACCACCUACGCGCAUAUGCCACCCGGUGCGGGACAUGGCCUGGAUCCGGCGCUGAUCAACAUCUAUCGCCAUCAACUGCAGCUGGCCUACGGCGGACUGCCGCUGCCACAGAUGCAGAUGCCCUUCCCCUACUUCUACCCGCAUCCGAAGGUGCCACAGCCGAUUCCACCUCCCAGCCAGCCCACAAGUUUCGUCAAUGGCUCCUCGGCCUCGUCGUCGCCAGUGCCAGUGCGUCCUCAGCGCACGCCCUGUCCGAGUCCGGGCCAACAGAUGGGCCUGGAGAGUGGACCAGAGUCCGCGCCGGAGGAUGUGGACGAGAACGUGGAGAUCGACUAGAUGGGAAUGGGAACUGGGGGGUUACGUUGUUGUGAUAGCCGUAGAAGUUGUGUUUUUAGUCUCUAUGUGUAACCAAUAGAUAUCCGUGCAUGCUCCUGGCAUAUAGCUUUAGUAGCUCUAAGUUUUAGUUGUACCCGAAAAACGUUAUAAAUAAAAUGGUAAAUGAAAA